CUAAAGUAAAAGCGUUUGGUCAUAAAAAGUUAUUUCCAGAGUUUGCGGAACAGCGCCUGGUUCAAACAUAGCGCACGGUGGCAUUUGUUCGGGUUUGUUUGCUGAUGCCGGAGCGAGCUUGACGAAACUCGAAAUGUCCAUAGCAGCGAGAUCAGCGCUCGUCCGCUUCCCACCGCGCCUGCAGCCACGGACCGGACCGAAGAGCAUCGCGUUCAGCUUGAAAAGCCCUGUAGUGUUUUGCCAGAGGAAGAAGUCUUCAUAUGCUACUAUUCCUCCUCCUGCUAAAUACGGAGGCAGACACACAGUGACUUUGAUCCCUGGUGAUGGUAUUGGGCCAGAACUGCUGAACCACGUCAGAGAGCUUUUCAGAUUCUGCUGUGUGCCAGUGGAUUUUGAGAUAGUCAGGGUGGAUUCGUCUGCUUCCUCUGAGGACGACAUCAAUAAUGCGGUGACUGCGAUCAAACGUAACGGAGUAGCGCUGAAGGGUAACAUAGAGACAAAUCACAACCUUCCUCCAUCUCAUAAAUCUAGGAACAACCUGCUUCGCACAUUUUUAGAUCUGUAUGCCAAUGUCAUGCACUGUCAGUCUCUUCCUGGGGUCCCGACCCGACACAAAGACAUUGAUGUGAUCAUUAUUAGAGAGAACACAGAAGGAGAGUACAGCAGCUUGGAGCAUGAGAAUGUUCCCGGGGUGGUGGAGAGUCUGAAGAUCAUAACUCGUGUCAAUUCGCUGCGGAUCGCUGAGUAUGCCUUUAACUUGGCCAGAGAGAAAGGCCGCUGUAAGGUCACGGCAGUACAUAAAGCUAAUAUCAUGAAGCUUGGCGACGGCCUCUUCCUGCAGUGCUGUAAAGAGGUGGCAGCUGGAUAUCCUGAUAUCACAUUUGAUAACAUGAUAGUGGAUAAUACCACCAUGCAGCUGGUCUCUAAACCCCAGCAGUUUGAUGUGAUGGUGAUGCCUAACCUUUAUGGAAAUGUGGUGAGCAAUGUGUGCGCUGGACUUGUUGGAGGUCCAGGUCUGGUACCAGGAGUCAACUACGGCAAGGACUACGCUGUUUUUGAGACGGCCACUAGGAACACUGGGAAAAGCAUUGCUAACAAGAAUAUCGCAAACCCCACAGCCACACUGCUGGCAAGCUGCCUGAUGCUGGAUCACUUAAAGCUUCAUGCAUAUGCCAAGAUGAUUCGAAAAGCAGUUCUGAAAACUUUGUCUGAAUCUCAGUGGCAGACUUCUGACUUGGGAGGUCGGGGUACUACGUCUGAAGUGGUCUACUCUGUUAUGCAGGAGAUCCAGAGAGGAGGACCACGCACUUCAGAACAGAUCUGACCUUCAUUUCUGCAAGUUCUAGACCCUCUCACACACCUCUAGCUCACACACAGAAACAAUCUAACUCUUUUGUGAAACACUGGACACAUUGUGAACUCCUUAAUGUAAAGUUAGUGUGUUCAAAGCGUAUACGUUUUUCUCUUAAAAUCUAUAUAGCUGGUAGUAUAAAUGUUUCCUGGUGUGAUUCAUUUAUUAUGAUCAAGUUGAGUUAAGGCCUUUAUCUGAACUGGACCGGACUGCUGUGUAUUUCACCCAACUGGUUCUGUAUUGAAGUUUGCCUGUUGCUAACUCAUGAUGCAUCGAGCGCUUUCACGAAUAAAUGUUAUAAAACUUCA